AAUCAAGCCUGUCAGGCUUCUGCCAUCUAAACGGCCUGGCUUAUCCUCUCGCGUCUGCCUCUGAAUUGCAGGAACCAGUUCAGCAGACGACCCAUUACUUGUGUCUCUGGCUCAGUGACAUCGCCACCUCCGCUUCCACACAUCGACACAUCACCACGUUGGUCGCCCAUAACGCCAACGACUUUCCGUGCAAGACAAGAUGGCCGCAGCAGCAGUAUUGCAGCAGACUGGUGGGGCGACGACGACGAUGACCCAGGUGAUGCAUCAGAAUCGAAGUGCAUCAACUUCGGCGGCGGCCGGAAUCCAGUCCUUCUACCACUCAAAGAUCCAGGCAUAUGAGCUGCUCAUUAACGACAAGACGCAGAAUCUGAGGCGACUGGAAGCCCAGCGAAAUGCUUUGAAUGCGCGUGUGCGGCUGUUACGCGAAGAGCUUCAGCUCUUACAAGAGCCUGGAAGCUACGUAGGAGAGGUCGUCAAAGUCAUGGGCAAGAAGAAGGUUCUGGUAAAGGUGCAGCCAGAGGGCAAAUAUGUGGUGGACUUUGCCUCCGAUAUUGAUGUUGCAUCACUCACUGUGUCGCUCCGAGUGGCUCUUCGUUCGGACUCGUACACGUUGCACAAGAUCUUGCCCAAUAAGAUUGAUCCUCUGGUUUCUUUGAUGAUGGUCGAAAAGGUACCGGAUAGCACCUACGAGAUGGUCGGAGGUCUUGACCGCCAGAUCAAGGAGAUCAAGGAGGUCAUCGAACUUCCAGUCAAGCAUCCCGAACUCUUCGAGAGCUUAGGCAUCGCUCAGCCUAAGGGCGUGCUCCUCUACGGGCCACCGGGAACCGGAAAGACGCUGCUUGCAAGGGCUGUAGCGCAUCACACUGACUGCAGAUUCAUUCGGGUCAGUGGAAGCGAAUUGGUACAAAAAUACAUUGGAGAAGGUAGCAGGAUGGUGCGUGAGCUUUUUGUCAUGGCGCGUGAGCAUGCGCCAUCUAUCAUCUUCAUGGAUGAAAUCGACAGUAUCGGCUCAAGUCGUGGGGAGAGCGGUAGUGGGGGUGGUGACAGCGAGGUGCAGCGAACAAUGUUGGAGCUUUUGAACCAGCUGGACGGAUUUGAAGGAACGAAAAACAUCAAGGUCAUCAUGGCCACCAACCGCAUUGACAUCCUCGAUUCAGCACUGCUCCGGCCCGGGAGAAUUGACCGAAAGAUCGAAUUCCCACCUCCAGGACCCGAAGCAAGAGUCUCGAUCCUGCGCAUUCAUUCCCGCAAAAUGUCACUUCAACGUGGUAUUAAUCUCAGAGCGCUCGCGGAGAAGAUGGGUCAGUGCUCCGGUGCUGAGCUCAAGGGUAUCGUCAUGGAAGCGGGCAUGUACGCUCUCCGAGAGCGUCGGCAGCACGUUUCACAGGAAGACUUUGAGCUCGCUGUCGCAAAGGUGCUGAAGCGUGCGAGCGAGACAAACGCGUCGAUCAACAAAUUGUACACUUAAGCAUAGCACUCAUACAUCCCCAUUACCUCGCC